AUGUCUGACCGGCACACAGUUACUACGGGUCUUCCUAAGGCCAAGUUUCGGGUUGCUAUCAUAGGUGGCGGCCCUGGCGGAAUAGCACUCGCGGCGUCUCUCUCCAAGUUCAACGACCCGGAACACCCAGUCGUCGUCGAUCUAUACGAGUCCCAGCCAGAGAUUGCUACCGUGGGCGCCGGAAUAACAAUAUGGCCUCGCACGCGUGCCUUACUAAACGAGCUCGGGAUCAUGCAUCAUUUCCAGGGCGAACUGAAUGCUCAAGUACAGGCUGGUCAAGGAGGAAAGGGCGUGAUGCUUCGGAAAUCUGACGAUACGCACGGCUACCCAAUUUACCACAUGCCGACACCCGCCAAUCCUAUGAUGCUUCACCGGUCCGACUUCCUUCGUGCGAUACAGAAUGAGGUCCCUCCACCCCCUCAAUGCACGAUACACACUUCGAAGCGCCUGGCAUCCCUGAAGCAGAAUAAUACCGACGGCACGGUGACACUGACAUUCUCGGACAACAGCACCUCCACGGCGGACGUAGUCGUGGGUGCAGAUGGCAUACGCUCCGUCGUGCGGAAUUACGUGCUAUCCGAAGGCGAACAUACAGAGCCCUCCUGGCCCGGCGUCAUCGCGUAUCGAGCUAUGGUUCCUAGUAGCGUACUUCAAGCGCACAACAUUGGCGAGCAUCAUCCUGUUAGGAAGCUAGCCCACAUAUAUUGUGGCGUAGGCAAACAUUUCGUAACAUAUCCCAUUAGGCGGGGAGCACUCAUCAACGUGGUGGCCUUUGUAACACUGCCGGACAGCGAUGGCAAACACUUCGAUGGAAAAUGGGUGCGCGACGUUCCGGUCGAUGAAGUCCGCAAAGCUUUCAGUGGCUGGGAGCCCGAUGUUGAGAAGGUGCUUGAGUGCAUCGAGACGCCAUCAGCAUGGGCCGUUCACAUAAUCUCCGACGUACCUAGAUGCGCCGCUGGGAGGGUGGCAAUCCUGGGUGACGCAAUGCAUGCAACGCGUCCCCACUUCGGCGCAGGCGCAGGGCAGGCAAUGGAAGACGCGUAUGUCCUCGCCCGUCUCCUCACCCAUCCCUUGAGCACGCGCUCCACGCUACCUCAAGCUCUGCGUACCUACAAUUGGUCGCGACUCGACUUCUCAAUAGAUCUCGUACACAAGACCAACCAGGCCGGUAGUCUAUAUGAGUUCACUGGCGUUCCGUUACCCUCCGGGCCCGACGAUAGCAAAACUCUGGAGAGAUGGAGGCAAGACGUUUAUGGCCUAUGGCAUUUCCAAUUCGACGAGCAUGGCGCUGAGGAUUUCUGGAGAGAUGCAGAGGCACACUUGAAGAGCCUACAUCAGAUCAAGCGGGCAGCUCUAUAG